CGCUUAGCCGCUAGCGGACGCGCAAUCAUCUGGCCGCCCCCCGCUCAGUGCGUGUCUCGCAUCGGCCGUGUUCCAGGGUGCGUUGCAUCCGGGGUGUGUGUGUGUGUGUGCGUAGUUUCGUAGAUCGCUCAGGCGAGCCAAGCUCAAGGCUUCCUUCCGAAUUAGCACCGAACCGGACCAAAACCCAGAGUCCGUCGGUCGCGGUUUACGGUCUGCUGCUCCCGCUUCCGUCCGACCGAUCAACCCCGAGGAGGAGACGCUGCGGGGGGGGGGACAUCGAACGAUCGCACGAUGGCAGCAGCAGCAGCGUACCGAACGAUCGUAUGGCUGUUACUCGGCUUCCUGGUCCACCGCACGUCGUUACUUGCCAGCGCACAAUCUUUCGGACCGUUGAUACGCACUCGCGCCCCGGCGACGCCUGCGAAAACGUCCCAAGAGGAUCUGAAUCACAACAUACAGAGCAUCUACGAUCCCCACUACCGUGCGCCACCCACGAUCAGCGGACGGAACACGUCGGACUCGAUGCCAGACGAGCUGGUUACGCGCGCGGGGGCACGGGUCAAACAACCGGUCGGCAGCACCGAAGUGUCGCCGGGUAGCAGCAUCCUGUAUGUGUACCGAGGAGUGAAUGGUUCGCUGAUGCCGCUGUUCGGAAGCACCACGCCCGUCCCGCCAACCGGAACCGGUUCCGGUGCCAGCCCGGCCGAGAAUCAAGCCUUUGUCGCCCGCCCAACCACCAGCGAACUGGAUAUCAAUGUGCUGCGAUUGGCGAUCGACGGGAACGCCACCGCCGACAGGAACACCACCACCGACGGGGUUACCUUCGACAAGCAAUCCUACCCGGACGACUAUCCCUUCGAGCGGAUCCAGGCCAUCCUAAAGAAGAAGCGCGAAAUCUACCGUGACGUGUUCGAGGAGCAGGUGGUGUUGAACUCGCUGGUCACGCGCCUGGACAGCCCAACCGAUCGGUACCUGUGCAGCUCCACCCGCGCCAACGAGUACCCGACGCACCACCACAAGACCGGCCAGUAUAUAGUCAACGUGCGUGGUUUCUACCAAAGCGUCACCUUCGAACACUGCGACAAUAUCGGGGCGCUCUGCAGCAACGCGAGGACCGAUAGCAACAGCACCCUAGUGUGCGAACAGAUCUAUAGCACCUACGACGUGUACGUCGUGCCCAACACUGACACUGGGGGCAGUUUCCAACGGCUGGCGCUGGAGUUUCCUUCCUGCUGCAAGUGCAAACACGUCCCGAAGUAAAGGGGAGGGGGGGCCGCCGCCGGUAAUAGUCACUCUCUCGGCGUGUGAUGCUUGCAUCGCCCUCAAAGCUCGAAGACCCUAGACACACCUGACACCCACGAUCGGAAACCGAACCAUCACGGGCGCCAACUCUGCGAAAACUCUGUCUCUGAUGCACGCGGUGCCCUUCUCAUAUCUGCCCCGCACGUGUCCGCGCUGUGCUGAAGAGCUGUCGAAGCCAUCAACUAGCUGUGGUAUUGAAGCAUAGAUAGCAUAGAUACUGUAGCGCUUAAGGAAGAUCCGGGAGAGAGCCUCGGAACUUAACUAGCUUUAUUGUAAGUGCUUUUUAUUAUUACUUUAUAGGCUCCGGGGGAGCUUGUUUGCUGUUUGCUCGGUCGCGCUCUGCUCCGUCGCGUUGAGGUUAGGAUAAAACCAAAAAUAAAACGAAACCAAUCUUGUCCUUUCA